AGCCGAUGCUUGCUGGAUGUUUAUUUGCAGAAGGUGCGUGACCGGUGUGGCCUCGAUGUGAGCUAUGGUCAGGCCAACAUCAAGCACUAUCGCAAGGAGCAGUGGCUGCCUGUGCACAUUGACUACAAUCGCGCAACGUUGAUGACGUACCUGAACGACGUAGCCGAUGGUGGCCAUACCCUGUUCCCAACCUUGGGAAUAAAAGUCAAGCCCUCGAAAGGGAGUGCCUUGAUUUGGCCUAACCAACCUCCCCUCAAACAUGCAGGUGACCGUGUCAUGCAGGGUGAGAAGUGGAUUAUUUUCUACAACUGGCCGGCCGCGGAUAAUUGGGAGUAUGAUGACAAUUUUGAGUUCAAUGCCGACUGA